GUUGCUAUGGCAACCAGGGAGAGCAGCCAGACAAAAAUGAGGCAAAGGGGAGGGGCUUUCAAGGGAGAAAUAGAGGAGAAAGGGCUGGAUGGGAAAGAUAGACAGAGGGAGGGAUACAGACAGCCAUUAAAGAAACGCACUGAGAGCAAAAGAGGUAAAGCAAGGCUACAGACGGAGAUAGAGAUACGGUCUGGAUAUAAAUGCUCACUCCACUGGCAGGGGAAUAAUAACUGCAAGUGACUGGAGGAUACAGAGAAAGGGGGACACGGAGAGAAGAUGGAUGUACAAACAGAGAACAUGGACCCCCUGCCUUGUGAAUCCCAGUCGAGUGGAAAAAUCAGAAAAGGAUUCAAGCUGUUUGGCAAACGCAAGCCAGGUAACAUCUUUUCUAUUCGAAGCAAAGGAGAUGGAAACAACAAGUCACCUGUUAUCAGGAGCACUACCAUAGAUGGAUUAUCUGAGACAGCUGCACAGGAUUUAGAGCAGGAGCUGGACAGGGAAAAGGGACAGGAGGUGAGUCAAGGAGAGAUGGAGCAGGCAGAGGAGGAGCCGCUCGGUGAAGAUGGCACUCUGGCUGCUGCCCCUGCUCGCGCCUCCAUUUCUUCAGCCAGCUCAGCCAAGUCCCUCAGCUUCCUGUCGCUGCUGAGGGGUGGCCGGAGAGGAGUGGGGGACCGCAGAGUCCACACCGUGUCCCAGCCAGUGGGUCGGCAUCGUCGUGGGCUGAAGGGUCUCUUUGACAAUGUUAGGUUCCGAUCAAAAGAUAAAGAGAAGGAGGAAGCCCCUCCGAGCCCUCUUCUCAUGUCGUCCCGCGCCAACAGUGUGGAAAUCAUCAAAGAGGACCUCACCCUUACCCCUAAAUUCCAGCCUCGCUCUCUGGACAGCCCUGAGACUGAGAGCUGUGAUCCUGAGAAGAGCUUAACAACACAGGACAGUGUAGCCACAUCCCCAUCAGAGACCAUAAGUCCCCAGGGGACAGCAGGCAAUGUGAGUAGAACUAAUAAGCAUGUGCCGCCUUUACCCACCUCUGAACCACCCUUGGUACCCGGUGAUAACAGCCUGAGCUGCUUGCUGGCAGAUAUCUCCUCUCUCCUGACCUUUGACUCAAUCUCAGGGGGUGGCGACAUCAUGGCUGAUGUGGAGGCAGAGUGGGGAAAAGCCAGCAGUCCCAUCGGUGCUGUGGUGACGGAAGUCACGCCAUCAUCCACAUCUCUCUUCUCUAAACCUACCAUCUCAACUCCACUGACCUCUGCCUCUGUCAGCACUGCUACUAUGGCAAAACCCUCAACUGUAGCCGUCCCCACGACAGCCUCCACCCAAUCCUUUACUCCUCUGACAAAGACAACUUCAACCUCUUCUCCCAUUGCCAAGCCCAGCUCCAUCAUCACAACAUUGACCAAAUCUUCCACUUUGACUACUCACUCAGUGAAAUUGAGUUCAGACUCUACUUCAGUUUCUGAGCCUUCUGCUAGCAUUAAAAUUAAAUUGACUUCUACGCCCAUUGCAACAAAACCCUCAACAGCCCCUAUAACUUUAACAAGCUUUUCGGCUCCAAUAAUGUCUCCCCCUUCUAUGACAAUUAAAUCUGCACUGAGCUCCACCUCUACUACUACUGCAGCUCCACCAAACACCCCGGCCACUGUAGUCAAGGCUCCCUCAAUUAGCCCAACUCUUACCUGUAAGGCUAGCAAAUUGGCUUCAGCGAUUGCAGCACCUCCUCAAAUGAUUGCUUCAGUAAGUAAACCCAUCUCUGUAACCACUCCAACUCCUGUGUCAGCUAAACCUCCACCAGUAACCCAUAGCCCUCCCACCCCUGUUGCUUACACCCAACCUUCACCUGCUAAAUUGGAUUCAGUUAGCAGUUUGAACCCACAAACUUCCACUUCCUACAAACUUUCCCUAAGUUCAGCUGCAGGAGAAUCUAAAGCCCCAGUGAUAGUAUCACCGGCCUGUGCAGUUACAACCAAACCCUCCUCUCCUGCACCAGUUAUCCCCUCUAAGAUGACAAUGGUUCCCACAUUAACUACAACCCCAGGCUCAGUAUCUGCGGCCCUUUACAUACCUACCCUUACCUCUAGCCCAAUGGACUUAAAUAAGACCCCUCCCUCCCUUGUAAGUGUUCCAGAUAUUUAUCCUUACUCUCCCCCUACUCCCAGGACUAGAACCCAACCCAGUGCCGCUGCAUCUCUCCCAACUCCAUCUUCAACUUCCUUAGAUAAGAUUCCUCCCAUGACUAAACCCACUCCUGCACCAGUCUCAUUAGAUAAGAUGCCCCCUGCUCCCACAUCGACCCCAACUCCUACCACUCAUGCUGUUGUUUCUACAGCAUCCACAACACCUCCUCCGGGUCAGAUCCAAGUCUCUCAAUCUAAAGCCCCUCCAGUUUCUGCUCAAAUCCCAAUUUCUGUACCUAAAGAUCCACCUGCCCCUGCUCAAAUGCAAGUUUCUCAAUCUAAACCCCCUCCUGCUCCUGCUCAGAUCCCAAUUUCUGUAUCAAAGCCCCCUCCUGUCCCUGCUCAGAUCCCAAUUUCUGUAUCAAAACCCCCUCCUGUCCCUGCUCAGAUCACAAUUUCUGUGUCUAAAGAUUCGCCUGCUCCUGCUCAAAUUCAAGUUUCCCAAUUUAAAGCUCAAAUUGCCCCUGCUUGUAUCCCCGUUUCUGUAUCUACUGACCUUCCUGCUCCUGUUCAUAUCCCAGAUUCUGUAUCUAAAGCCCCUCCUGCACCAACCCCUGUCCCUUGCCCUGUCACUUCUCUUCCUUCUACCCCUGCAACUUGUCCGAGUGAGGCCCCAGUCUCUGCUAAGAUGAAGGAAGGAAGUGGACAGGCAUCAGUCGAUGGGCAACUGACUAGUCCAAGUAGCAUAAGUGCCCAGGGGGCCCAGACCGUACCAUCCAAAACAGAGGAACUGCAUAAUGAGUCACAAAAGAGCCUCCAGGGUCCCUCCAGAGAAAGGAGGAUACCACAAGCAAAGGCAUCAGGACUUAGCAAAAUACCUGUAGUAGGAGGGGGCAGAGCAGGCAAGCUACCUGUCCGGGACAGUCAACAUGUUGACGAUGAAGCAUGCAGGGACCCACCUACUCCUGUGCGAGAAGAAGAGAGGCCCCAUUUCAACUCACAUGAUGCAGGGAGCAAAGAUAAAAUCGGUAAUGUUGAGACUAAUGUGCCCACCUCAAAACACACCCAGGAGGAGAGUCAGCAGCUUCCCCAGCCGAAGGUCCUCACCAGUUUACCGCGUGACUCAAAAAUCCCUGUGAAGCACGGCGCACAGUCUCACACUGCCUCCCAAAUCCCUCAAGCUAAAGAACCCUCUCGCACCAAGAUACCCGUGUCCAAGGUUCCUGUCCGCAGGGCUGGUAAUAAACCUGCAGCUGCUGGUGGCAGCACCCAGAUAAGAAAAUAAAACACACGACACAGAUUAUGGCUUUGACUGCAACUUUUUUCCCAAUAUAACUACACAACCAUCCUUUUUUUCAUAUUUCUAGACUGUAAUUCCUGGUUUCACUACACCAUAAGCAACAGUAACAGAGUCAAGGAGGCCGACAGCACUCAAGCACAAAACAUCUCCACAGGGAGCCGAACAACAAGUCUGGCUCUUUGGUGCUGAGCCAACUGGACAUGCACUCAGGAAAGGUUCGGGGUCACACCUGAACACACAGCAGCAUCGGUAACUAAGGAUAAGCAAGAUAAAAGGUCUUCUGGGAACACAGUCACACAACAUUGGCGAGUGCCUUUUUAAAGGGUGCUUUUCCGACAGACUCUCAGAAUUAAUCUUUUCUACAGUACUUUUAACUUUUGUUACUCCCACUUUUUGUAGGAACCGUUAAAUCUUUUUGUCUUUCUUUUCAGCAAGUCUAUUUGAUAAUAACCUGUUUUUAUUUAUGGUAGGAGAAGAACAUCAGGAGCUCCAUAAAUUAAUGCAACAACCAAAUUUACAUUCCACACCUAUCUCUGGAUCUAUGUAGCAGAAAAUGUGCCAUUACAUUUUACACAAGAUGUUGAACUGUACAGCGCCUGUGUGUCGGCCUGCUCAUAUGUAACAUGAUCAGAUCUCACUGUGAACUCUGAGAGAGACUGGUUUUGUUGGAGGAAUGGAAAUCACUCCUUACAAUGAAAAGGACAGUGGACAGCAGCCAUUAUGAAUGGCACUGUGGAUGUUUGGGCGAGACAGAGAGGAUGCUGAGAGAUCUCUCAUACACUGGCACAUCCUUAUCCUUAUCCCACUUAUACUCAGAUGAGAACAAUAUCUCUGUGUAUCAUCUCAUCUAUGUUGUUCUGUUUCCUAUAUAAUCAAUAAAACAGUAUGAGUACUUCGCAAGA